AACACACGUGUUUUUAUCCUUUUUACCUCAAAAAUCCCCGUUCCCUUGAUAUGCAGACAUGAAUGGGUCCGGAAAAACACAAGCUAACGGUAACGAAAUCUCGAAGAGAACGGAAAAAGUGUGUAUUCUCGACGCAGGUGCUCAGUAUGGCAAAGUUAUUGACCGACGAGUCAGAGAGCUCAAAGUCGAAUCGGAGAUUUUACCCUUGGAUACCCCAGCUUUUGAGAUUAAGGAUAGUGGUUACAAGGCCAUCAUAAUUUCUGGAGGUCCAACAUCAGUGAAUGAUGAAGAUGCCCCUCGGUAUGACCCUGAGAUAUUUACUCAGGGAAUCCCAGUCCUGGGGAUCUGUUUCGGGUAUCACAUGCUGAAUAAACGAUUUGGGGGAACAAUCGCCAAGAAGGAUGUUCGAGAAGAUGGUCAGUUUGAUAUUACAGUUGAUCCGAAAUGUCAGUUAUUUCGAGGACUUGAUAAAACACAGACUGUUCUUCUGACACAUGGUGACAGUAUUGACAAGCUAGCGAACGGUUUCGAAGUCGUGGCAGAAUCAGGAAAUCUAACUGCUGGUAUAGCCAACGAAAAAAUGAAACUCUAUGGAGUUCAGUUUCACCCGGAGGUUGAUCUCUCUGAGAACGGUAUUAAAAUGAUUUCGCAUUUCUUAUUCGAUAUAGCAGGUUGUCAUGGUUACUACACUAUGAAAUCGCGGGAGGAGGCGUGUGUCGAUUACAUUGUUAAAGUUGUCGGAGAUCAUAAAGUUUUGAUGCUGCUCAGCGGAGGCGUAGACUCCACGGUCUGCGCUGCCCUGCUACAUAAAGCUUUAAAGAAAGACCAAGUUAUUGCUGUUCAUAUAGAUAAUGGUUUCAUGAGGAAGAACGAAAGCCGCCAGGUCGAAGAGUCGUUGUCGAGUAUCGGACUGAAAGUGAAAGUAGUACGUGCUGCUCAUACUUUUUACACUGCUACUACUACCAUCCCAGUUGACAAACAAAAUAACGCUAUUAAACGUAGGACUAGUACCUUGAAUACGACCUUUGACCCAGAGGAAAAGCGGAAAAUUAUUGGUGACACUUUCAUGACUGUUGCAAACGAUGUGAUUCUGGAAAUGAAUUUAAAACCAGAGGAUGUAUUCCUAGGUCAAGGAACGUUACGUCCCGACCUGAUAGAAAGUGCCUCGAGUCUCGUCAGUUGUAAAGCUGAUGCUAUCAAAACCCAUCAUAAUGAUACGGAUAUCGUACGAGAGUUAAGGAAACAAGGCAGAGUUGUCGAACCGCUCAAAGAUUUUCAUAAAGAUGAGGUCCGAGCCAUUGGUCACGAUUUGGGAUUACCGUCUACAUUAGUUCAGAGACAUCCCUUCCCAGGUCCAGGACUGGCUAUAAGAAUUCUGUGUGCUGAUGAACCAUACAUAGGGAAAGAUUUCACUGAAACCAAUCUACUCCUAAAAGUUAUUGUGGACUAUGCUAGUGUUUCGAAAUCGUCCCAGGCCUGGCUGGACUUAAUAAAUAGGUGUAUAUCCCAGUCUGAGCAAGACGUUCUGGCCAAAAUUACUGCUACUAAUUCGAUAUGUGCCACGUUAUUACCUAUUAAGACAGUUGGUGUUCAGGGAGACAGACGAACGUACAGCUACGUUGCUGCUUUGUCAUCAGAUCAGGACCCAGUAUGGCCAGAUCUAAUCAUUAUUGCGAAAUUAAUCCCUAAAAUUUGUCACGGAAUAAACCGUAUUGUGUAUGCAUUUGGAGAGAGUGUAAAACAUCCUGUACAUUGUAUUACGCCGACUUGUCUCACAGAGGGCGUUCUCAGUACCCUGCGUCAGGCAGAUUACCUGGCAACUAAGACAUUACAUGACGCCAAAUAUAUGUCAAACAUCAGCCAAAUGCCUAUAGUGAUUAUACCAGUUCAUUUCGAUCGUCCACCAUUGUCUCACUCCCCCUCUUGUCAACGUUCGAUUGUUAUUCGCACAUUUAUCACACAUGAUUUUAUGACAGGAAUACCUGCCACCCCUGAUAAACAGCUCCCCAAGGAGGUCGUGAAUAGAAUGGUAAAAGAGAUUGAAACAAUUCCAGGCAUUUCUCGUGUCCUAUAUGAUUUGACAGCCAAGCCUCCUGGUACUACAGAAUGGGAAUAG